ACCAGCAGCUGAACCAGCACGGAUGUCACAUUGAAUAUUGUACAAGAGAAGAUCAGCACUUCAACAGCAGAUCCACAGUCAGUCAAGUACAGCACCUGUCCGGCUGUCUCUGUCCUCUCAGGAUGUCCUCAGGUAUGAAUUCUGAACCAGAUUUAUCAAAAAAGUUGAGAUACAACAGAAAUGAGCAAGAAGACGGAGCAGGAUGGGAGGAGAUGGAGGCGGAUAUCUAUGCGACCGUUGAUGAUGUUGAGAAUAAUCUUACUGUUUUCCAGUCACAGGAAGAAGGACGACAGACUCAGAACCAUCGUGCUCUGCAGAAAAGACCUGUCAGAGGUGCAACACUGUGUCUAGGAGUGUUGUGCACGGUGGUUUUAGUCGUGGUCGUCAUCUUGUUCAUAUACGGUAUCACUUUGGACAAAGACCAACUGCAGAGGGAACACGACCAACUAAAUACCAGUUACAGUGAGCUGCAGGUCAAACACAACCAACUGAACAACACUUAUAAUCAGCUAAAAAAUGAACUUGAUGGAGAGUGUCAUGAAGGAUGGAGAAGAUUUGGAUCCAGUUUUUACAGAAGAUUCACUGAGAGUAAAACUUGGUCUGAGAGCAGGAGGGAGUGUGUGAAAAGAGGAGCUGAUCUGGUGAUCAUAAACAGCAAAGAGGAGCAGGAUUUUGUGGGAAAACUGUACACAAAUGAAAACUCCUGGAUUGGACUGAAAGCUGAAUGGUCGACAAGUAAACAAAGAUUUGAAUGGAAAUGGGUGGACGGAUCACCACUGACAACAACGUUCUUGACUGCAGGAUGGUCUCAACAUCAGUAUAACCAACGUGAAUAUGCUGCAGUGUGUUGUACUAAUGAAGGGAAAUGGACAUAUUUACUUCACACUUUCAGUAACAACUGGAUCUGUGAGAAGAAAAAUUAAGAUUUCAUUGUUGGAUCCUGAUAAACUUCAGAUACAAUUUGGUCACUUUCAUUUAUUGUGUUUCAUGUGUCAUUUAUACUGUAAAUGUGUUUAUUCUGAACUUCAUCAUGUGUACAGGGUAGUGAAGCUGUCAUCAGAACAACAGGAGAACUUGAUAAUGCUGAAGUCAAAUAUAAUAAUUGUAAAUAAGUAUAAAUGCAGCUUUACUCCACUUUGUUUACUUGUGUUGUUUUAAUUUGAUGUGUGAAGAAUGAAGAGUUGCCAGUUAAAAUAAUUGUCUGUAUUUGGCUAUAUUUGCAUAAAGAUUUGUCCUCUUGCUUCAUUUUCAAAAACAAAAUGCUAAAUGUAUUUCAGGAACAGAGGGAAAAACAUUAAUAAACAAGGAAACUUGACAACAGUGGUUGGAUUAAAUGUUUUGGAUUUAAUGUUUCGGACACAAAGUCUCAAGUUACAAUUUAGAUGUUUUUAACAUGAAAGUUUUUAAAUUAAAGAUACUAAAAUACAAGAACAUGAGG